UAGCUCCUAGCCCUAUGAUCUGUACAAUGCAUAGUCCGAAUCCACGAAGAUAUCGCUUUGCUUCUAUGCGUCGUUCAUGUCAGCCCUGAAUUUAACGAACGUCCACGCCUUCGAGGAUUCCCAAUGCCUCCGCGGCGGGAUGGCGUGUCUACCAUGCCUCUAGAUACGAACAACUUUCUUGAACACCUCCCACUACCGUGCCUGUUUGUCGCCGCCAAUGGCACGAUUGCAUUCGCUAAUGCCGCCGCACGUCUGUUGAUUCAACCGCUGAUCCUCCCGCGCUGCAAUGUUUCUUGUCUCUUGGACGGCACGUUAGUCCUAGACAACGAACUCUCAGUCGCCCUUGGUCUUCCCGCGAAGUCCGCGAUAGAACAGUAUCUGCAAGAGUUGAGAGAGUCAAGAGAACGCAAAAGCGCAAUAAUAUCAGCUGAGGAUACGUACAAAACACCGAUUAUUACAUUGCCGACCGCUCGGUGUGGAUCAGGACUGUCGAGUCUCACCUGGGCUAUGGCAUAUUGUGACGUUGAGUGCAGGCCGUACUGUAGUUUCACUGGCAUCCCAACACCGAAUAUCCCAGCUGGACCAGAAGAGAAAAGGCCUACGGAAGAAGAGGACUGGGAAAUGCUGCAAACGAUUGCCGCACCCACGUUCAAUUCACCCAACUUGAUGUGUUCAAUCAUGACCGCUAGUCAAGCGUCCCAUAAGCUAAAUGAUCGCGGUCGACAGUUUCUCUCCGGAACAGAGUCCUACCCGUGGACUCUUCAACAUGUCCAUACGAAGCACAAGACAACACUCACUGAUCCUGAGUUUACUCGUCAACUCCCCGCCGAAGAAGGCGCAGCUAUUACAUCGCUUUCCAGACGUCAAGCGCUGUUGAAUUGCCGCAGAGGCCUUGAAGAUCCUUUGACUGGGACCCGUAAUGUGUUCAACGCCUCUACAAUCUUGCUUAACCGACCUAAUAGUAAUGACCUCCUGGGCGUUAUCGUAUGCGUUGAGCCGGAAGAGUUCUCCUUGUAUGUGCAGCGAUACGACAAUCUGCGUCAUACCGCUACACAUGGCGAACCUACCACGGAUUGGAAUCGAGCGCGAUUAAUCCGUUCAAUCACGCUUGACGGAGAAGUGGAUUUCGUUUCUACGGCGUGGACAAAUUACACUGGCUUAGAGGCGAAGGCCCUACAUGGUUCGCGCUGGUUUAAUUGUCUCCACCCCGACGAUCGCCAGAAAUUCGUCCAAACAAGACCUGCAUCCAGCACUGUCGCGAGGAGUAGAGAGUGCGAAAUUAGAAUUCGUGGACGAGACGGUUUGUAUCGCUGGUUCUCGGAUCGUACUGAACCAAUGUACAACGAGGACGGCCAUUUUGUGCGCUGGUACUCCAUAUCUGAGGACAUCCACGACCUGGUUAUGAAGCGAGAACAAGCACACGCGGAUAAAUUCGUGCUGCAGAAGAUUUUCGCAGAACUGGACGUUUUCUUCUUCGCAAUCGACGCGAAUUACAUCGUAACUGCCGGUUCAGGAAGCAUGGAAUUUGGGGACCUUAGAACCGAUGGCAAGCACGACUCGCGGAGCAUGAUUGGGCAAAACCUACUUGAAUUCAUCGAGUCAAUCUCUCCAGGUGGCAUUCCUGCCUUGCAACGUGCCUUGGUGGACGUGAUGACUGGGAAUUCAUCCAAAGAAAUUGUGGAGUACAGCUUCGGUUCGCUCUACAUUCGUACUAUCAUUAUACCUCACGUUGAUGAAGACCAGGAGCCGCAUUCAAAAGACAGGAUUAAAGGACUGGUUGGGGCGAGCAUCGACAUUACAGCAGCGCGGGAGCACGACGAGGUGAAGGCUCAGAUGAAAGCAAUGGAAGAAACGAGCCGUUUAAAGAGUGAGUUUCUUGCAAACGUAUCUCACGAAUUGCGCACCCCAAUCGCAGGUCUGACCGGUCUCGUUGAAUUGCUCUUGGAAACCAGACUUGACCAUCAGCAAAUUGAUCUUUUGGAGUCAAUACAGUCCUCAGCACAUAGAUUGCUCCAGAUUGUGAACGACAUCCUAGAUUUUUCCAAAUCCGAGGCAUCUGCCAUCGUCCUAGAGUGUAUUCCUUUUAGCCUUACGCGGUUCUUCAACGAAGUUUGCAAAAGCAAUCGAUUGCUAGCCACCCGAAAAGGGCUUGAAUUCCUCAGCUUCCAAGCGGGACCGGACAUACAGCUAAUGGGAGAUACGGGUCGUAUUCGGCAGAUAUUGGAGAACCUGCUUACAAAUGCGAUGAAAUUCACGUCACAGGGUUAUGUGAAGCUGUCCACAUCUUAUCACAAGUGUGGCGACAUGGUCAGGGUGGAAUUUUUGAUAGAAGACACCGGGAUCGGUAUUGAAAAAGAGGACGUCGAUAAGUUAUUCCUUCCCUUUGUACAAGCUGAUCAGUCGACGACGAGGAUCUAUGGUGGGAGCGGGCUUGGUUUGAGCAUCGCGCGUAAAAUGGCAGAAAUUAUGGGCGGCUCUGUUACCCUGCAGUCCACCAAAAACGUUGGAACCAAGGCCAAAGUGACAUUGCUAUUGGCGACCGCCUCGACUCUACUGACGGCACCCGAGAAAGUCGAAAUUAAAUCGACGCUGUCUCUCACGGAGUUAGCAGACGCGACGUCUUCGGAAUCUCCCAAUCUAGAACUAUCCUCUCAAAAGAAAGAAGAUUUACAUAUACUAUUCGUUGAAGACAACGAAAUUAACCGGAAGGUGAUGAUGGCGCAUUUGGCGAGCAUGGGUUUCAAAAAGGUCGAUGUUGUCCACAACGGCGCAGAAGCUCUCUCGUACAUGAGCAAAACCUCGCCUCCUGUCCUUUCAAUUGGAGAUGACAGUCGAAACGAUGCUGCAUGUAACAGCAAUUCAAAGCGUCCGAGUGAACCGAAUCCCAGAACGUCCUGGCCAGAUAUCAUUCUCAUGGAUUGUCAGAUGCCAGUCAUGGAUGGUUACCAAGCAACCCAACAGUUACGAAAAUUAUUACACUACGAUCGCCCCAUCAUUGCGCUAACUGCGAGUGCAAUCGAGGGAGAUAGGGAGAAAUGUCUUGUUGCUGGGAUGGAUGAUCACGUCGCGAAACCGGUUUCGCGAAAACAGCUCUUGAAUAUCAUUAACAAAUGGACUUCGAAUCCGGCGCAGGCUUCGCCAACCGUUCGUCAAAGACUUGGAACCAUCUCACGACCGGAUUGAGACUAAGCGGCCUCGGAAAUAUUGCGAUCUAACCUCUAGCGGCUCUUUCUUUAUGGGACAUCUCUAGAAUUAAAUGUUGACACUUCUAAGUUUGCAAGAAUGUGUCUUGAACAGAUCUUAUGCAGAACAAAGGCGAGAGAAGUGCUAAAGGACGAUUAGUGUCGUCGCUGAGAUACCGACUAAUAUGUGCUUGAUUUGUACACAUUUUCGAACUCACAACAUACUACAAACAGCACAAAUACGCCUUUCUGCGGCAAAUAGAAGGAGUUGGUUUAGAGGAAACGCUCUGAUGGCCUAAACAUAUGAGAGAUAAUAGAAUAAUUGAGCGCAGCCGAGUUUUAAUCCACACCAAUCACCAUGUUGGCUGCUGGCCUCGUUUGGAGAAAGAAUCAAGAUUAGCUUCUAGACUAAGUCAUUAAGAAUGCGCCGGAAAUCAGGCACGUGUAUGUCGUGAUGCAGAAGUUCGCUCUGCUGUGGAGGAUGUCAAUCUAUCUCGGAUCAAGCACCCGAGAAUGUAGUGCAUAGCGUACAUCUUAUUGCGUCCGUACGCUGUGUAAUAGUCGAGGAAUGAAUUGCUGGGGACAGAGAAAUGAGCGCAUGUCGUUGCAAUACACAAAGUUCACGUCA